GUGACCAGCGUCGCCGGCUGCCCGCCGGAGGUCUGCAUCUGCAAGUGGAAGGGCGGCAAGCAGACGGUGGAGUGCGGGGCCCAGCAGCUGGCCAACAUACCGGAGGGCAUGGAUCCGGGCACCCAGGUGCUCAACUUCAGCGGCAACUCGCUGCAGGUGCUGCAGUCGGAGCGCUUCCUGCGCAUGGACCUGCUCAACCUGCAGAAGAUCUAUCUGUCGCGCAACCAGCUGAUCCGCAUACACGAGAAGGCCUUCCGGGGGCUGACCAACCUGGUGGAGCUGGACCUCAGCGAGAACGCGCUGCAGCACGUGCCGAGCGAGACGUUCCAGGACUACAGCUCGCUGAUGCGCCUCUCGCUGAGCGGCAACCCGAUCAGGGAGCUGAAGACGUCGGCCUUCCGCCACUUGUCGUUCCUGACCACCCUGGAGCUGUCCAACUGCCAGGUGGAGCGCAUCGAGAACGAGGCCUUCGUGGGCAUGGACAAUCUCGAGUGGCUGCGGCUCGACGGCAACCGCAUCGGCUUCAUCCAGGGCAGCCACAUCCUGCCCAAGUCCCUGCACGGCAUCAGUCUGCACAGCAAUCGCUGGAACUGCGACUGCCGCCUGCUGGACGUUCACUCGUGGCUGGUGAACUUCAACACGCCGUUGGCGGAGGAGCCCAAGUGCAUGGAGCCGGCCCGGCUCAAGGGGCAGGUCAUCAAGGGGCUGCAGCGCGAGCAGCUGGCCUGCCUGCCGGAGGUCAGUCCGCAGUCGAGCUACACGGAGGUGAGCGAGGGCCGCAACAUGUCCAUCACGUGCCUGGUGCGGGCCAUUCCGGAGCCGAAGGUCCUGUGGCUCUUCAACGGCCAGGUGAUGAGCAACGACAGCCUGAUGGACAACCUGCACAUGUUCUACUACAUCGACGAGAGCAUCGGCAGCAGCGGGGCCGAGGAGAAGCGCAGCGAGAUCUUCAUCUACAACGUGGGGGCCGAGGACAACGGCACCUUCUCGUGCGUCGGCCAGAACAUAGCCGGCACCACCUUCAGCAACUACACGCUGCGGGUGAUCAUCAAGGAGCCGCCGGUGGUCAACGAGGUCUCCUUUCCGCGCGACUACAUGAACUACAUUGUGGCCAGCAGCGCCGGGGGCGGGAUCAUCUUCGUGGUCCUCCUCUGCACGAUCGUGGUCAAGUGCAAGCGCACCGCGGAGCCGGCCAAGCAGCGCAAGAAGUGCGACCAGGUGACGAGCAUAGCCGGCGGCACGGACUCCUCGGCGGGCAGCAACCAGGACACCGGCAUGGGCAUGAUGAAGUGCGCCUCGAUCCUCAACGACGGGGCGGACAGCUUGACCGGCAACGCCGGCAUGCUGCUGGGCGACACCAUGACCCCCACGAAGGCCACCAACGGGGCGGCUGGCGGGGGCAUCAUCCUGGGCGGACAGAUGAAGCAGAACCUCCUGCUGUACGCCGGCCCGAAUCAGGGCCAGCAGCAGCUCCAAUUGAACGUCAACCUGAUGGGCAGCGGGGCGGGCUCGCCGCCCCUGCUGCUGGGCAACGGGCACGGGCUGGCCGCCGCCUACUGCUCGCCCCCCGCCUCCCUGCGCAACUACCAGGAGAAGAACCCCGAUCUGGUCAACGACGCCGAGAGCGUCAAGCACAAGCUGAAGACGGCCGUUUCGCUGGACGGCACCGGGGACUACGAGACGUCCAGCGACUGCGGCCAGUACGAGGGCUGCUACCAGCUGGCCGCCGCCGCCCACCCCCAUCCCCACCAGCACCCGCACGCCCAUCCGCUGAUGGGACGCUUCACCCAGGCCAUGACCACGCUGCCGCGGGGCAUCCAACUCAAGUCGGUGAUGGCGGGCACCCACCAGCCGGCGCCCCACCAGGUCGACGUCCACUUGAAUCCCGUCUGCUUCCUGGGACAGGAUGGCUUCGCCUACGACUACAGCAGCGCCCAUUUGGUGCAGCAAACGCCCCAGCAGCAGCAGCAGCAGCAGCAGAUGCAGCAGCAGCAGCAGCUGCAGCCAGCAGGACCCCAGCCGGCCGCAAACUUUUACCGAACACUGCCGCACAAUCGGCUGCACAAACAGCAGCAGUUCCAGGGGGCAGCGGCCCCCAACUCGAGCCUCCGCUACAGCCUCGAGGCGGAGUUCAUCCAGCGCGGCCCCGUCAGCUAUGAGAAGUACCAGAUGCCGAAUGUCCGAUUCACCGCCGAGGGCUAUCCGCAGCAGCAGCAGCAGCAGAUGCAGCUCCAGCAGCAGCAGCAGCAGCAGUUCCCCUCUCCCCCCGAGGGCUAUAAGAGCGAUCUAUCGAUGCUGCCGGCCCCGUUCCAGCAGUGGCCCAGCUGUCUGCCCGGCUACCGCUACGCCCAGUCCCCCACCCAGGCAGCCAUCUCGCCCACCCCACAGGCCCAGGCACCACCGCCUCCCCCACCAGCAGCAGCAGCGGCAGCAGCAUCGACCUCCACAGGGACUGGCACUAUUCCGGAGCUGGACGAGAGCGAGGCCAUCUCGCCGCGAUUGGAGGAGACCGCCGAGGACGGGGACGGGGCUGGGGCCGGGGCCGGGGCCGGUGCUCCCCCAGACGCGUCUGCCGCGGAGGAGAGUGCCGGCGGGGGGGACACCUCGAAGCUGAAGCAGUUGAACGGUCCCCUGGCGGACAGCCCCGACGAGGGCUAUGUGGGCGAUGGCCAGGAGACGAGCGACAUAUGA